UUUACCCCUUGAGUCUUAAUGCGCCAUAGCGAUGGUACUAAGCACUCCGUUUUUCUACAGUCACAUAUUAAAAUACGUGGAUAAUUCACACUUGAUUUUGUCAAUAAACAGCAGGUUCUAAAUCAAUUCAGGUAAGAGGUUAUGUUUUAAAACAGGAAGGUGGAUAAUUAUUCAAUUAGCAAUGACGUCACCAGUAGGACGACUAGUAAUGAUCAGUGCUUCGGUGACUCACAAAUCUCCUUUAAAAUAUUUUUUAAAAAAUGCGGUACAGCUAAAAAUGAUUGUGUUCAAUAAUAAAACUUUAAGAUAACUUAAAAAGAUAUCUAUUUUCAUACUACGGGACUCAUUUAAAGCAGUCAUUGUGUUAUAGAUUAAAUGUGUUAGCUUAUAAUUUUUUUGAAAAAAAUACUUUCUUUUUCCACUUUAAAAAUAGUGUUUUGGUAAAUAAAUAAAAAAUAAAUACUCAAGCAAGACAAUAAUUGUUAAAUUAUAAUUUUUUUAAUAGAUCCCCCCUCAUUCUUAUUGUACGUAGACUAUUUACAUAGUACAAGUAAAAAAAAAUAAAACUAGUAAAAGAUACUUAUUUAAAAAAGAAUAUAGGCACAUUUUUCAGUUAAACUGUUUUUUUUUUUAAAAAUCAUACAAUUCUACUGACGCAAGAAGAUCACAACGUUCUUGUGACAACAAAAUGCAAGUUUGAACUAAACGAAGCUACGCUACCAAGCUGAACAUUUGAACAAAAUCUCCAUUCCCGACUAUUAACUGGCAUGAUUUAUGUGUUCAGAAAUAGAAACUUGAAAACAUUUUUUAUAUGAAAACCACCUUAACUUAUCCCUAAAAUCAAAUGUUUAUCUCAGCAGGAUUAUGUUUUGCUGAAUUUUUUUUUUAACGUGUAUGUGUGUGUGUGUGUGUGUGUGUGGGAGGGGGGGGUGGGCAUACGCUUCUUUGAAUCCAUCUUUCUAACUAAUAUUUUAUAUCUCAAAUUCGUUAGCAUUUUUUUUUUUUUACAUCUGUGGCUGUGACUGUCAGAUUAAAGACCCCUCCCCCCUCUCUCCCCCUUCAAAAGUUUGACGCCCCUUUGGAAUAUGAGGCCUGAGUCUAAUGGGAACAACAUUUUCCCCAUUGGAAUUAUAAGUAAUAUUGUUUUAUGGCAAUUUUCUCUUCUCCUUUUUUCAAAGUUUUCAGAGUUUUGGCAAUCCAAAUAAAGAAAUUUCCUAGAAAAUAUGACGUCAUGGCGAGUCUUUCUCUCAAUACAAAACACACACGAUGUGGCUUUGCAUACCUUGCAUUAUUGCGUGAUACGUAUCUCUGAUGCCUACUCCAAUAAGUCCAGGUGAUACUUAUUUCUGAUGUCUACUCCUUUAACUCCAGGUGAUAAAUAUCUCUGUUGUCUACUCCCUAAAUUCCAGGUGAUAGGUAUCUCAGAUGCCUACUCCAAUAAGUCCAGGUGAUACUUAUUUCUGAUGUCUACUCCUUUAACUCCAGGUGAUAAAUAUCUCUGCUGUCUACUCCCUAAAUUCCAGGUGAUAGGUAUCUCUGAUGCCUACUCCAAUAAGUCCAGGGGAUACUUCUUUCUGAUGUCUACUCCUUUAACUCCAGGUGAUAAAUAUCUCUGUUGUCUACUCCCUAAAUUCCAGGUGAUAGGUAUCUCUGAUGCCUGCUCCCUAAAUUCCAGGUGAUAGGUAUCUCUGAUGCCUACUCCCUUAAGUUCAGGUGAUAGGUAUCUCUGAUGUCUACUCAGGUGAUUAAUGUAUCUGAUGCCUUCUCCCAUACGUCUUAAUGAUACAUAUCUUUGAUGGCUAUUCCUUUAAGACCAGGUUUCCACCUUUAAAAGUUUGGUUAGUCCACUUGUACACAGUUAGCAUUUACCACCACAUCAUCAAGUAAAAGUUGUGGACACGAUUACAAAUGAAAUAACAACAACCAACAACUUAUAUUUUAAAUAUUCAAACUAUUUUUUUUAUCACCAUUCAGAUAAAGAGCUUUCGUAAAUAACAUCCUCAUAGUGUAACCAGGUAUUUUAGGUCAAUGGUAAUUUGAAUAUUAGUUUACUCUCAGAUAGGGCUUACGGUACGGCAAUAAAUAUAAAGGCGGUGACAAGUCACUGACAGAGAUAACAUAUUUUUCUCGUCGAUCAACAAUGUCGUCAAAUAAAACAUGGACAUCCGGUGACUGGAGUCAAAAUUAACAACCAAGAUGUAAGCUGAAUGAACAUUUCGAUGAACAUCAUUUACUAAACAUUGACUGAACAUUUCGCUGAACAUCAUUACUAAACAUUGACUGAACAUUUCUCUAAACAUUAAACAUUAAAAAAUAAAAAUAAACGUUGACUGAACACAUUUUUACUAAACACUGCUUGAACAUUUGAAGAUCCGUGGCCUGAUUAAAGUAACAAAAUUUAACACCGCGUUAAAACGACGGUUGUUAACUUGCAUUGCAUGGCUGCACCUCCUCUUCAUUUCAAAAACAUAACCAGUGACGUAAGAGAGGUGCGUUGUUUGGUGGUCCUCCCGUGUAACACUAUAUAUCGAGGAGCCGCAUUUUCGGCUGUCAAGGUCAUGACGUUAUGAGUGAAUGUUUUAUUAAUAAAUAGUGUUAAGUGUACUUCAAUAGAAUAAAAGUAUGUCUCAAUGAUGUGUGCGUCCAUUGGUCGAGAUGUCAAUGAAAGUAUGUCUCAAUGAUGUGUGCGCCCAUUGGUCGAGAUGUCAAUAAAAGUAUGUCUCAAUGAUAAGUGCGCCCAUUGGUCGAGAUGUCAAUAAAAGCAUGUCUCAAUGAUGUGUGCGCCCAUUGGUCGAGAUGUCAAUAAAAGUAUGUCUCAAUGAUAAGUGCGCCCAUUGGUCGAGAUGUCAAUAAAAGUACAUCUCAAUGAUGGGUGCGCCCAUUGGUCGAGAUGUCAAUAACAGUAUGUCUCAAUGAUGAUUGCGCCCAUUGGUCGAUAUGUCAAUAAAAGUAUGUCUCAAUGAUGUGUGCGCCCAUUGGUCGAGAUGUCAAUAAAAGUACAUCUCAUUGAUGUGUGCGCUCAUUGGUCGAGAUGUCAAUAAAAGUACAUCUCAAUGAUGAGUGCGCCCAUUGGUCGAGAUGUCAAUAAAAGUACAUCUCAAUGAUGAGUGCGCCCAUUGGUCGAGAUGUCAAUAAAAGUACAUCUCAAUGAUGAGUGCGCCCAUUGGUCGAGAUGUCAAUAAAAGUACAUCUUAAUGAUGUGUGCGCCCAUAGGUCGAGAUGUCAAUAAAAGUAUGUCUCAUUGAUGUGUGCGCCCAUUGGUCGAGAUGUCAAUAAAAGUAUAUCUCAAUGAUGUGUGCGCCCAUUGGUCGAGAUGUCAAUAAAAGCAUGUCUCAAAGAUGUGUGCGCCCAUUGGUCAAGAGAUGUUAGUAACAGCAUGUCUCAAUGACGUGUGUGCUCAUUGGUCGAGAAAUGAGACGAUGAUGCAUCAUAAAUCCACAAAUAGCUGACAUGCAACAAUAAACAUUACAUUUCACGUUUGUGCCCAGUCACGGUCUAAUAACUAGACUAAAAAAACAACUGCGAAACGGAACUCGCAAGCUAAUCACUGAACCAUACAAAGAAAGCCAGCCAAUGAACUAGACCAAGAAGUAAAGAUGAUACCCAAGAUAUCCGAUUCCGUUCAAUAGAAGUGUAACCUCCGCACGAAACCAAAGUAAUUUCCUUGUCCAUCCGUAAAUGCACGUCCCGGUACAUGUCUAUUUCAGCUAUCAAUUCCAAGAGUGCACGUCCCGGUACAUGUCUAUUUCAGCUAUCAUUUCCAAGAGUGCACGUCCCGGUACAUGUCUAUUUCAGCUAUCAAUUCCAAGAGUGCACGUCCCGGUACAUGUCUAUUUCAGCUAUCAAUUCCAAGAGUGCACGUCCCGGUACAUGUCUAUUUCAGCUAUCAAUUCCAAGAGUGCACGUCCCGGUACAUGUCUAUUUUAGCUAUCAAUUCCAAGAGUGCACGUCCCGGUACAUGUCUAUCUCAGCUAUCGAUUCCAUGAGUGUUCGUCCCGGUACAUGUCUAUCUCAGCUAUCGAUUCCAUGAGUGUGCGUCCCGGUACAUGUCUAUCUCAGCUAUCGAUUCCAUGAGUGUGCGUCCCGGUACAUGUCUAUUUCAGCUAUCAACUCCAAGAGUGCACGUCCCGGUACAUGUCUAUUUUAGCUAUCAACUCCAAGAGUGCACGUCCCGGUACAUGUCUAUCUCAGCUAUCGAUUCCAUGAGUGUGCGUCCCGGUUAUGUCUAACGGAUAUAAAUUCCGUGAGCGUACGUCCCGGUACAUGCUAUUUGCAAAUCAAUGCAAAGAUCCUGUGCAAACUCCAUCCAAAUAAACCGUACAGUGGAUCUCAUGCUGUUGAUCCUUGGCUACCCUUCAUGUUUGCACGUCAUCAUUCAUAAGUUAAACAUUCUUUACUUACUUGUGUUUGCUAUUUACCUCAUCUGGAGCAUAGGCCAUCUUCAAGAAUUUUCCAUUCAACUCGGUCCUGUGCUUUCCUUUCCAGUUGCUUCCAGGUAUAUCCCAUACUUUCUGUGUCUGCCUCUAUCUCACGUCUUCAAAUAUUUUGAGGGCUUUAUCUCUUUCUUUUUCCUUGUGGAUUCCAUGUUAGGGAUUGUCUGAUGAUGUUAUCUGAGGCUUUGCGGAGAGUGUGCCCUAUCCAGCUCAAUAUUUUCCUUAUGGUGUCUUCAGCAAGAUGGUAUGUCCUUUCCAGUAAGUCAUGUUGGUAAUUGUGUUGAGCCAUUUGAUGUUCAGGAUCUUGCUAAAGUAAGUGUGUUACAAAUGUCAGUUCUUUCUGCGUAAUGCUCGCUUUUGUUCUCGCGGUUCGUCUCCAUAGGGUAGGACUGUUUUACUUUGUUGUUAAAAUUCUUACUUGAUUUGAAGAGUCAGCUCCUCUGACUCCCAUAUUUUCUUUAAUAGCAAAAAUAACAAUAUAUCCUUUCCAGCUUUGGAUCCAUCAUUAAAGUCAAUGGUGCUGCCUAAGUAUGUGAAGGCCUCCACACCUUAAAGUGCAUUACCUGCCAGAGAGAUAUGCUUAGUUUGCAUUUUUCUUGCAUUUAUUUAUAUUGAGUCCGAGCUGUGCUGAAAUGGUGGAUUCAUCUAAAGCCUUUUCCUGCAUUUGUUGCUGGUUGUGGGACAGAAUAGCAACGUUGUUUGCAAAGUCUAGGUCAUUCUGUUAUUUCCAGGGUGUCCAUAUUUAUCCGUUUCCUCUUUUUUCCGUGGAUAUUUUUUCUUUAGCCAGUCAAAGGCGAGGAUGAAUAGGAAUUGGGGCUGGAGACAUUCUUGUCUGACCCUGGUUUCCGCUUUUCGGGCAUCUGUGAGUCUACCUUCGUGUACCAACCUGCAUGUCAUUUCUUCAUAAGAUAUCUGAAUGAUCCUGACUAGAUUUCCUGGUACCACAUAAUUACGGGAGAAGUUCCACAGAUUUGUGUAGUAUAGUUAUUAAUCCUAUAUUCUUGUAUAAUUUAAUUAUAUAUACUUUAAUGACUCCAUUUGCCAAUUUUGUCUUGUCUUAUAUUAGUAUAUAGUCGAAAUUCCCCCACCUACAAGAUUAUACGUUAAACUUCAAGACUCAACAAUAAACAAACAUGUCCGAUAUAUAUUAUCCAAAUGUUUUUGUUAAACUAAAAGACUAUUUGUUGCAGUAAUGCCUUGCGAUGACUGAAAGAUGGCGGAGGGCUUAGACAGACUGCUAUGCCUUUUGUUACUCACAGUGACACUGGUUACAGCUGAACACACGCCGGUCACAAAGAUUAGCACUACGCCAUGGCUAACGGCGUCAUCUCAAAGCUCCAUCAGGUAAACACACUAUUGGAUGAUCCCAUUGAGCUACUAUGUUAUUCGAUCAUUUUAAACAAAAUUAAUGGAAAUUAAAUUACAACCAAUGAAAAUCAUUAUAAACCAAUGCAUCUUAAACCAAUGGAACCCCAUGCACAACCAUGUCUGUAAAAAUAACUCCAUGGAGGAUCUUUCUCAUUUCCCCACUCUCAUUGCACUCCAUGCUGCGCUAUCAUUCACUGCUUCCCCAAUUGUCCACUUGAUCACGUGCACACCAAAUGCGUACAAAAAAAACAACAUUAUUUAAUCAUCUAGAUCAGGGGUCGGGAACCUUUUUGUCUAAGAGAGCCAUGGACACCACAUAUUUUGAAAAUUAAUUCUGUGAGAGCCAUACAUUAUGUUUGAAACUAAAGAUUCUAGUAAAUGUUUGAAUUUUGUGUAAUUUCAACACUAAAAAAUGCAAUAAUUAUGUCUCUGAAUUCUUUAUAAUAAAAUUGGUAUGCUGUUGCUAACCAAUAAUGAGUAUUUCUUACCAUUGAUGCGACUUUUUUAAAAAUCGAACAUCAAUAGAGCCACAUCUGGCUCGCGAGCCAUAGGUUCCCGACCCCUGAUCUAGAUGGGCUCCGGGCUGUGUGCUGAACUGUAGUGGCAACAUUUCGUACUCUUACUGACUUAGGGUUGUUCAGGUGGCUCUGUCCUCUGACUGGUGUUGACUUAUGCUAUUCAUUUCGUAUGAUUAUCUGAAGGGGUUUUGCAAUUUAAUGUGUUUUAAGAUUUGGUUCGUUAGAGGAACAAAAAUUAACAAUUUACUGAAAACGAAUGUGCAAAGAUGAAACGAUACCAAAGCUAAUAAUAUUAACAAUAUUCCACUUUAUUGUAUUAUUAAAUGUAUAUAAAAUUCAAGAGCAAAUAUACAGGUAUUACAAAACGCACUAUAAAAAGCUAUAUUAACUUACAGCACAUCAAGUGGAAAAGUAUAAUCACAAAAGAUACAAUUAUUAAAAUAUACACACUCAAAGAGUACAAAUUUGUGAGGAUCCUUUAAGUACAUGACGUCUCAUGUAUAGGAAAAGAAGCAACAAAAACAUUCUCCUGGCUGGGAAAGCCACCGACUUAUUCGUAGGGAGGGUGUUGGAGCCCUCCAGAUUUUUUCUUCUUCUAGAAUGUGCAUCACAGAUAGCAUUCUUUAGAGCAAAUUAAAAAUUAUUUGAACGUAAAAAAAAAAUUUCCCUAUAAAUGGAGGGCUGAGGUUGUACAGAGCUACACAUUUAAUAGGUGGCGCCAAUUUCAAAUCAAAAUAAGGGGGAGAAAAGGGGUGGACACAUUAUCUCUACGUUGCAGUAAAAUUAGGCCAACACACAGACUAUAAUAACGGUUAAGAUGGAAAUUGAUUUCGUAAGCUCAUUGCCACGCUCAUAGCCACACUCAUAGCCACGCUCAUAGCCACGCUCAUAGCCACGAUCAUAGCCACGCUCAUUGCUACGCUCAUAGAGAACGGCAAAUGAAGGUAAUGAGGAGAGAGAUGGAUGGGUUUUCAAAAGUCACGGGUUAUUCACGACUAAGAUUGAUUGAUUGGUAAAUGAUUUAGUACCCUCAAUAUUUUACACGCAAAACUUGGUUGUGUUGCCCUAUCUAGUAGCAAAUAUUCCGGAUCCGAGAAGGACGUGUCUCCGAGGAAACUUGGAGGUGCCCACAUGGGUUUUGCCUCGUCGUGGCGUGGUGGACUAGUAGGGAGUUACUGUUCUUCCAAAGCAAAAAGUCCCAUCCGACUGCAUGACUGCUACGCGGCCACGAGAAAACCGCUCCUGGGCAUCCAUUUCAUCCCAACUUUCCGUACCGACCGAAAGACUCCUGUAAUGCAACACCUUUCCUCCGAAGUGGAAGCAAACCUGCCCAGAACCUCUGGGAAAGUUGUCAUCGAACGCUUUAAAUGCAGCGUUUUCGGUCGACCGCGUGCCCCGUGGCCAGAGGGGAGGCUACUUGCGUGCCGCCGCAUGAUCUGGCAACAGGGAGACCCGGCGUCUGGCCCAUGUGGAGGUGUGCCGGGGGGCAUUAAGAACUCGCGCUCAUCUGCUCAUCGGCCUACUGACAACAUUUCCCUUUGUGACGCAUUUAGUAGCAAAUAUCUGCAUACAUAACUGCAUGGAUACACUCAUUCCGACCUAUCCCAAAAUGAUUGGGUAUGGGUUAGGUGGAAUCUCGUGCUAAUUUAGAUCAGAUGUGGACCAAUCAAAGUCUUCACGGGCCGUUUGAAACGCGAGUCAUCGCUUUGUAGACCGCAUCUCAUUACCUCUAAUACAGUGUUUCUCAACCUUCAUAAUACCGCGACCCUCUAAUACAGUUCCUCAUAUUGUGGUGAACCCAACCCUAAUAUUAUGUUCCUUUCUACUUCAUAAAUGUGUCUUUCGAUGGUCUUAAGUGACCCCUGUGUAAAGGUUUUUCGACCCCCAAAAGGGAUCACGACGCACAGGUUAAGAGCCGCUGCUCUAAUACAUUAAAAAAAUCAACGUAACAUAUUUACGUAAUUAUUAUUUUUCGUAAUUACUGUGUGUUAUUUACAAGCUUAUAUUUGCUUCUUUAAAGUGACUUGUGAUGUUCACUCUCACCCCAACAAUCUUAUAUUGUUUUAUUAAACAGACUUGUGCCGCCAUGCGUCUGCGCCGGUGACAAUCUCUUGUGUGCCAUAGAACCAACGACCCGCGGGACCAGCAACCCAUUUGUCAUUCCAAGGAACGCUCACUAUGUCAGACUACAACAGCCGCUACUCCACCUACAGCUGAACAGAAAGGUAAGACUGCGGUCGUCACGAGCUCGACGACCAGCUGCCGUGAAGCAGCGAGUGAGUGACGCUAGCCAAGACCCAGAAGGUUGCAUUUAUAAAUGUAUUGUGGCAACCAACGAUCGGGAAGACGCGGGCUUGAAGAUGAAAUGCGUAGAGACCAAAGUUAUUUGGAACGAUGAGGACUUAAAAGGGUGUGAGAAAUUAUUCGUGUCAUUCGAGGCCAUUUUUGAUCAACCGUUCAAGAUGAAGCUGAACAACGCUGGACGUUUCGAACGUACACCAUGCGUACGUUUAUCCAAAUUAUGGCGGGAAAACCCGAUUUUUUCAAAGAGCAGACGACACAUAAGGGCUGUUGCUGCAAUGUCAUCGUCUCAAAUAAGUUCAACAUCUACCGCAACCAAAGGGCCGAUUAAUGCUGACGCACAGACAAAUUCCAGCCAAAAACAACUUCAAACUACAUCACCGGUAACAACAACAAUCCAAGCACAGCCUGAAACUACCUCACAGGUAAAAAUUGUUCAAACAGAACCUGAACCCGUGUCACAAGCUUCAACGACCACUUUGAAAAUAUCAAGUGGAUCUACGAGUACACCGGUGGAAACUUUAUCUUCGUCCAGUUCCAUUCCAGGCAGCAUGUCCAGCUCAUACAUGUUGUCAAGCCCUACACGUGAGCCCUUCACUGCUACUGAUUCACUGAGGUCUGAUCCGAAAACUUAUGCUGAAUCUAGCGUCACCCCAGAUCACAACCUGACAAGGGCAGCUGGAAACACGACGCCCGAGAUCCCUUUAAAUAGCACGUCAACGCCAGAGACAUCAGGUAACGCCACGGAACACAAUAACAUACAAACUGUCAUACAAGAGAUCGACGUGAACGAACUGAGAAGUCUGUUGGUGUUAGCAGCAGUGACGAGACUCGCCUCACGUCCCACCGUCUGGGGAGCGUUCAUUGGUCUUUUCUUUGGCUGCGUUAUAUUUGUCGUUGUGGUUUUUCUCACAUGCGCUAAAGUAGAGAGGGUCUCAAAGCACUCUGAGAAACCAAGUUCAGUUAAAUUUAACGGAAUGGAUACAACUUUGCGUUCAAGAGUGCCAUCGUUUCCAGACAGCGGUGCAAGCUCUUCUCGUGAAUCCGGCUACACUUCAUACAACGGGAGCUCAGACUCGCAACAGAACGAACUCUGCUCUUCGAAUCCAAGCGUUCAUUCUCAUUCCAUUAAAAGCAGUUCAAAUACCAUUAAAAGUGACGGGUCUCGAGAGGUUAGUGCUACCAGGCAUGAUAACCUCGCGAGGUCGAUAUCUAGCCCGGUGCCACAUUAUGGCGAGACUAAUAUGGACACCAGCACCCCUUUCGCGGCCUCAGCGGUGAGCUUUGAGAACAUCAUCACGGCCUUGUCGACCCAGGCCGGAGACAAGUCUGUGAGUCUGACCAUAACGUGCAACUCACUCCCGCGGCCGAAGCAGAGCGCGCGCGCCAAGGAGAGCAUCGUCAUGAAGCUUUCCAGCCCCUCGGAUAGAGACACAUCCCUCAGACGCGGGGUGCUACCAAAAGGGUCCGUUGACGAGGAAGGCUAUUCCCAUCUGAUCGAGGUUGACCGCGAGAAUGGACGGUACUUAACUAUAGAUGAAGACUCGGACUGCUGCAGCUCGUCCGACACAAGCAAUUCCCGCCACGAGUAUGACAAUUUCUAUGAAGAUAACACGGGAACCCCCGACGAUAACGUGGAUCCGCCGCCAUGGAUUCCUCGAAGGAUUAAAAGGCCCGUAUCGACUGAGGGCAAAAAUUACGUCAACGUUGAGGAGUUCUUUAAACGGUCCGACGAGAACCGCUGCAGCUGGGUUUGAAAGGCCUUGAUUUUUAUGCUCAGUUAACACCUGCAACUUUUCGUCAAAUUUAUUUUUGAACGCACCAUGUUGUCACACAAAAUAGUGCGUUCAUGAAAAACAUUUGACGAAAAUUUGAUCGUGUGAACUGAGCAUUACUACACAUAAUUUACAUGUUUCAAAAGACAUUGUUUAUUAUUCUUUAUGUAUAUUAAUGAUCGGGUGGCCGAAUGGUCUAAACUGAGCAAGCCUCAAGUUGGUGGUCUGGAGUUCAGUCACCGAACUACUCGAU